AAUACCGUGUGCGCGAGCGCAGUCUCGCAUCGUUUCUCGUCUUUUGUAUUUACGAAUAUAAAUGUAAUAUAAUAUUAUCGUGUAAUUUAAACAUUGUUCCUUAAACUUGGAUAAUCCUUUGUAUUUUUAAGGAAUCAUGACAGCUCAAGAACCUUGUGUAGUAUGCUCAAUUCCUACAGAGCAUAAAUGCUCAAGCUGCCAAGUGGUUCACUAUUGUUCAAGGGACCACCAGAAGCAACACUGGAAACAGCACAAAUAUGAUUGCAUUCCUGCCAGAAUAAAGCAAGAUGCAAAAUACGGAAGGUACCUCGAAGCAACAAGGAGUAUUAAGGCUGGAGAUGUCAUAAUGAAAGAAGCGCCCCUCAUAACCGGCCCAUCACAGGUAACCCCACCAGUUUGCUUGGGAUGUUAUCAAUUGUUGGAAGAAGGUUCAAUUGUAACUUGCCAGAAGUGUGGCUGGCCUUUUUGUUCGGAAGCUUGUACUAGAAACGCAGUACAUAUUCCUGAAUGUCACUAUACACAGCAAAGAGGAGAAAAGGUUUCGAUAUCAACAUAUGGAAUUCCACACCCCAAUUACCAAUGCAUCGCAGUCUUGCGGUGCUUGUAUCAACGCGAUCAUGACCAGAAGCUAUGGGCUAAGCUUCAGGCACUUGAGUCUCACAACGAAGACCGCAAGGGCACGGAAAAGUGGGAAAACGACAGAAAGUUGGUAGCGGAGUUCAUUUGGAAGUUCUUUAAAUUAGAUGGAGUCUUUAACGAGGAUGAAAUUAUGCAAUGCUGUGGCAUAGUGCAGAUCAACGGUCACGAGGUACCUCUCCUGGAGCCAGAGUAUGUGGCGGUGUUUGAUAAAAUAUCGAUGGUAGAACACAAUUGUCGUGCCAACUGCAAUAAGAGUUUUACAUCUGACGGGAACAUUAUCCUCUCUGCAGGCGUCAGUAUAACACCAGGCUCGCACAUAUCUGUAUGCUACACGGACCCGCUGUGGGGCACUGAAGCUCGUCGCCACCAUCUAUCUGAUUCUAAGUUCUUUGAGUGUUCUUGUGAGAGGUGCUCUGACGUCACGGAGUUUGGAACCAUGUUUAGCGCUGUUAAGUGUAAAAAGAAGGGAUGUAAGGGUUACUUACUACCGGAUACGUUCGUUCUUCCAAUUCUCCAUAAAACGAAAUCUCCCGAUCCAAAUACCCGAGGCUUGGAUAAUAAGUUUUGGAAAUGUAACGCUUGCAAAGACGAAGUGUCGGACGCAAUCAUUCAGCAAUUGUUGCAAGACAUCGGUAGAGAGUUGAGCGCUAUGCCCAAAGGUGAUCCGGAUGCUUGUGAAAGAUUCAUCAGCCAUUGCUGUAACUAUUUGCACCCUACACAUUACUACAUGACGGACAUAAGCCUUGCGCUGGCGCAGAUGAUCGGUCAGCAGGAUCAAAUGGGCUUGGCGGGUAUCAUUGAUGACCGGCUGCUUCUAAAGACACAGUUGUCCCGGAAAAUUACGGAUUUGUUAGAAAUCUUAGCACCAGCUGAAACACGCCUGCGCGGGUCGUUGCUGUUUGAAUUGCACGCUGCCAUCGCAGAGACGGGUCGCAGGAAAUCUCUAACCGAAGGACCGAUGGUCAUGUUAGGAUAUAUAACGGAAUCAAGAAAGAUACUUCAAGAGUCAGCAGAACUUUUGGCCCACGAGCCGCCGGAGCUACCAGAAGGUCGCCUCGGUCGCCAGGCAAAAAUCAAUCUGUUGCAAAUGGAUGAGCUCAUCAAGAAUCUUUCAGCAGCCCUCCCUUCACCAUUGUAGCGAAAUAAACUAAUUCGU